AUGCAAGCAAUCAUGGAAGAACCAUUAUUAAAAGAGAACAAGGAUAGAUUUGUUCUAUUCCCAAUUAAAUAUACCGAUAUUUGGAAUAUGUAUAAAAAGGCAGAGGCAAGCUUUUGGACAGCCGAAGAGAUUGAUUUGGCAAGUGAUGUCAACGAAUGGGAGAAUAAAUUGAAUGACAAUGAACGUCACUUUAUCAAGAAUGUAUUGGCCUUUUUCGCUGCCUCUGAUGGUAUUGUCAACGAAAACCUUGCCACCAAGUUCAUGUCUGAAGUUCAAAUACCUGAAGCAAGAUGUUUCUAUGGUUUUCAAAUUGCCAUUGAAAAUAUUCAUUCUGAAACUUAUAGUUUAUUAAUUGAUACAUAUAUUAAAAAUCCAGAUGAAAAAAAGGUAUUAUUUAAUGCAAUUGAAACUAUUCCAUGUGUAAAGAAAAAAGCUGACUGGGCUUUGAGAUGGAUUACCAACUCCAAGUCGUUUGCCGAACGUUUGGUAGCUUUUGCCGCCGUUGAAGGUAUCUUUUUCAGUGGUAGUUUCUGUUCGAUCUUUUGGCUCAAGAAGCGUGGUCUCAUGCCAGGUCUCACCUUUUCCAACGAGUUGAUCAGUCGUGACGAAGGUCUCCAUUGCGACUUUGCCUGUCUUCUCUAUAACAAGCUCAACAAUAAGCUCGACGUCAAGACCAUCGAAUCCAUCAUUCGUGACGCCGUCGAAUGUGAAAAGGAAUUUGUCACUGACUCGUUGCCCGUCGAUCUCAUUGGCAUGAACAGUCGUGAAAUGUCCAAAUACAUUGAAUUCUGUGCCGAUCGUCUCCUCGUCUCGCUUGGCUACAAGAAAAUCUACAAUUCUGCCAAUCCAUUUGAUUGGAUGGAAAUGAUUUCACUCAUGCGAAAGGCAAACUUUUUCGAAGGAAAGGUAUCUGAAUAUGCAAAGGCUGGUGUUGCCAAACAAACUUCUUCAUCUUCAUCAAAUUCAGGAAAUAAUUCUAGAACUUUUGAUUUAAAUGCUGAUUUCUAA